UAAUUUAAGCCCCGCCUCUGGGAGAUGCGGCUUUCAGGCGGGCUUCCUGUGGCGUCUGUUACCCUGCGCUCUUGUUUCUGCCUUUUCUUUUACUCUUUUUUUUAAAACUUGAAAGCAGGAAUGUGACACUUAAAUAUUCAAAAAGUACAUUUUACAAGUUAGUGUUGUUCUUUCAGCGAACAAAGACGCAGCUCGAGUCGGAGUCUCCCGAAAAUGGUCUGUACCUGAUAUUCAGCUGGCUAUCAUUUCUGGCUGUCAUCCUGCUUUGUUGGAGAACAUGGCAGAGACUUGUUUCAACUUGGAAGAUGAAGCCUUCCCCAGUUUCCUCUGCACUUCUUUGGACAGCACCAUCGGACGUCCCACGCUGAGGAAUGUGACGUUGGGUUCAGAUCCAGGACUGCCGGUGGCCGCCUCCACAGUGGCUAAAAUUAGAGGUGGCGCUGACGACAGAGGAGAUGCUGUUGAGGCUUCGUAUCUGGACAGCAGAGAGCUUCAGCAGACCAACUCUGAGUCGCAGACUGGAGAACACGCCAAGUUUGCCCUCAGCUUCAAAGACGAAAUGGACUGUGCUGGUGACUUCUUUGCAGCCCACCGUCUUUCAGACAAGUUGGUGAAGAUUCACUUGGAUGAGAGCGCACCCAAAAUCCAAAACUCCAUGCAGGGUCUUCCUCUGGCACAGAUGGGCUCUGUCUCUGGCUGGUUGACAGAACUUGGAACAGAACUGUCAACAGGACCUCUGACAUUUUCCCAAUUUGGACAUAAAGAUGGUACAUAUGCAAAGGAUCACCUAUUAACAGCUCCAACUGAGGAGGACAACUUGAAGAGUGACGCAGUGGACAGCAACCGUUUCAGUAACAGUGACUCCAGCUUUCUGGCAAAUGAGAAGCUGAUGUCUGUGGACAGCGUGAACAGUGACCUCACAGAUGACGAUGUUGAGUUAAACGACCUGCCUGAUGAGGAGUUGGAGCGUUACUUCAAUAAGCUGGUUCCUGCGGCGAUGCAGAGAGGCCGAGUCGAAGGCCAGGAGAUUCCAGCAUCCGGUCCACUGGCUGCUUCUGAUGACGUAUCAAACCCAGGUUCUAGAGAACCAGAACGCUUUAAGCACCAGUUCCAUGAUGACUGUGAAGAGGACUUUCAGAUGCCUGAUGUACGUGUGGCUGCUACAGGUAUGGACUCAUGUCCCGCCAGUGACGAAGACACCGAGGACGAGCUGGAGCCUCCCAGAAGGAGCAGCAGUGUGACCAGGAGACGGCUGCUGCCGAGCACCUCCAGGCAGCUGGUUGGGGAGAGUAAUCAUCCCACUUUCAGACCAGGUUUAGAAGGAGGAAGCUCUGAUGAUGAGUCAGCUAGCAGCCAUGGCGGUCCGUCUCAGUCUGGGAUUGAACACAGACGAUCUGCUGAGGGACAAGUCAUCAACCCUCCUGUCACAGGGGAUGGAGGAGGCGGGGACGGGAGCAGUGGGAGUGAUGGAGGUGGGAACGACGGGGGUGUUGCGAUCAUCCCACUUCCAUCCGCUAACAUCCAGACCACCUAUGAUGCGCUGCGUGGGCUGGGGAUUGUAGGUAGCAGUGCUGGUGGUGAAGAUGAGGAUGACGAUGAUGAUGGAAGCGGUCUGCCAGGACUCGGAUGGAGCAGAUUUUCCAGACGCACUGAGAUUGGUGACCGGGUGGGUCCUGUUGGAACAGGAGAGGAACUGUCAUCUGGAGGAACUCUGCGCACCUCUCACAUCCGCUGGAGUACGGUCCUGGACCAAAAGGAGGUGCUGGUCAUACUCCCUUGUGAAUGUGACAGCAGCGACGAAGAUGGUGUUGAUGAGCCUGAUGGUGCCAAGUUUUUGUUGGGGUUGAGGGGAGGACCGUGCGGUGAUGCCAGUGUGUCUCAUGCCUCGGACACUGCCAGCGAAGUUGGUGAUCCACUUUCCACCUCGCUGGAGUCAAAAUAUUUCCUCCAGAGCUUCCAUCAGGACCAAGAAGGCUCGGAUGAUGAUGGUUGGAACAGUUGCUCAGACAACCUGGAGCCUGAGUUUCAAAAAGGUGCUGAUGGUACUCAUGGAGUGGUGUACCAGAAUGAAGAAGGACAGUGGGUGACAGAUCUGGCAUACUACACGUCCUUUGAGAAGGUGGUGGAUGAGAAAACACUGGAGCAGGCUGACCAGUUUCAGACCGAAGACUUUGUUUCUGCUGGUGAUGCUUUGGAAAAGAUUGCUCAAGACCAAGAAGAAUUUGAGAAGGAGCACCUGUUCAUGCAGGUACACGACAUAAAGCACCAGUGUAGCUCAGAAGAAUAGAUUCAUUCAUGGUAUUAUUGAAUUAGUGCAGAUGCCUAUUGCAGGACUUUUACAAAGUCCUCCGAGUUCGAGCAGGGUGAUCAAAGCUACCUGCGCCUGUCUUUAGGGGCAGUUUUUCGAACAACGCUCUGAGGCUUAGGCUGCCUAGGGGACGACAGUGAUGUGUUUAGUGUGAAGCGGCCAUCUUUUGGCUUCAUUACUUCACCGGAGAGGAGGGAACCAUUUCCACUGAUUCACCCCCCGGAGUUCUCAUCAAGAGCUAAAUCUCCUCAUGACACCACCACUGACCUCAGUGAAGCUGACAGAACCUUAAAGCCAGAGGACCUUGACGAAACUCUAGAGGCUCCACAUGAAAGGAUGUCACCUAAAGGCGAUACUCAUUCAAACCUUGGUGAACGGGAGGACCUCGCCAUCGGUGUUCGGCUGUCGGACCACAGGGAGGAUUCUGCCUCUGCUCAGAGCUUGGCUAACCAGAGCUGUGUGCCUCCCGGUAAUGACAGCAGUCCUCUGCUGCUGAGUAUCAGCACUAUUUCCUCUGCCAUUGCUGAUGCCUCUGUCAGUACUGAUCCGUCACAGCUGGCUGCCAUGAUCCUGGAGUGGACUAAGAAGAGUAGGACCAAGAAGAGUCAUCCUGACCCAUGUGUCGGCCCUGCAGAGGAACCGCGUGCAGCUGAGCAGGUCCACUCUGAGGAGGGCCAGGGUGCCUUGAUGCAGAGAAGCACACUUGCUGGCGAGCUUUCUACUUUCGAUGUGGAGAAAUAUCUGAAACAGACUGAUGUUUCCAGCAGCAGUGAGGCAUCUGUUGCACACGCCACCUUUGACCUCACAGGGUGGGCUGAACACCUCAGCAGCUCUCACAGGUACCUGCAGCCUGGACCUCCACAGGAACAAGGAACCUCAGCUCUGAGACGGGACAGUCAUACUCAGCAGAAACCCACAGGAACAAUAACUGAAGAUGGAAGAGGGGAGACAACCGCUUCAGCACAGCAGCCACCUGCCAACUCAGCUGCAACAUUUCCCUGUAAUAAGAGCAGUGCAAGGAGAAGCUCUAUUCCCCGUUAUCGUACGUCACUUGGGUCUGACGGGCGGUUUGUGGGCUCUGAGCAUUCGUCUACACUCAAAGCCUCUGCAGACAGCAGGGCUGAUGCUACAACUAAAACUGACCUGCUGAAGGAUUUUUCUGAGCAGUCUGUCACUGUGGAGGAGACGCAGUGUAACUUCAGACCGUCAACAUCUCCAGUUACUCACUCCUCUCCGAGCCAGUCCUCCCUCUCCCCUGCUGAUGGUACUUUGUUGGCAGAGAAACGUCCAGGCGUUGACGUCUCUCCUCGGUCCGUCUGCUCCAGCCCUAGUCUCAGCAGGCUCACAUACGUCUCGAGGAACGAUGGCCCUGUUCUGCCUUCACCCGAGAGGCAAAAGGAUAACUGUUCCAUGGCACUGAGUACCACCAUUAUCAGAUUCAGUCCGAUCCCACCCGUGGAACCAGAUAUACAGUCUGACCUUGAUGUUCUUGUCCCACCUGUAAGCCUGGACCAGGUUCUCCCACAGCAUUCAAAAAGUCUGGACUCUCUACCGCCAAAGAAGAGCAAAAGCCCGGCGCCGGCUCAAAUUAGUUCUGGUCUGAGCUGUACUCGCAGCCAGAGUGAAUGUAGCUGCACAUGUACUGGUGACAGAAACUGUAAUCUUCAAGCAGGAUGCAGGAACUACAAGCGCCACUCUGAGAACACAGUAAGGCCACUUACCAAGGUCGACUCGGGCUACUGCAGUAAUCUAAACAUCCAGCAACCCAGUCUCACCACAGCUCCCCAGAUUUCCCAUCAGUGGGGAACUGGUGCUCUGAGCAUGCCUCCAGCCUUCUCUUCAGACGGACUCCAUUAUGUUCCAGUCUCCAGCUUUAAGCCACCAGGCGCUGGCUUGAUGGACCUUCCCCACAGAGGAACUAUCCAGUCCCUCCUUACUGGCCACUCGCUCUUCACCUCCCACCUGCCUCAGCAUUACUUAGUACCCGACGCUCCACUACAUCCUACUGCUUUUCACAUGACAGCAGCAAGGCCUGGCCUCUACAGUGCACUCCCUACAGGUUUACCCGGCAGUGAACUGACGGUUAAACACCUACACUCCACAUCGGGUCCCCUCAGGAUUUCUGGAGGAGUUGGACCUUUUCACCUUCCACAACCCAGUCAGAACCAACAGGACAUGGGGUUGAUGGUGAAACCCUACAGUCAAUCUGUUGCAGAACCACUGGUGGCCAGCUGUCUCGAGGAAAUCGGAGGUCAAGUGGUCGUGCCGGAGGAGCUGCAGUUCAAUCAUUCCUGUUGUGUAGGCAUUGCUUCUCAGACCUGCCUCAGCCUCUUCAAUCCCUCUGAGAGGUGGCAGCAAGUGUCAAUCACCGUCACCAGCCUUGCCAUUGAUGGAGAGAAGGUGGAUAGUUUGCCGUACCAGUGGCUGAUUGUCAAAAACAAAACAAUCAUUGGGCCAAAGAGCACAGAAGACCAGAAGGUGUUGUUCCUGCCUCCGCAGGCGGGAGUUUAUCAGUGUGUCCUCAGCGUUUCCUCCUGGCCCGCCUCGGCUGGUUCUGAGGUGGCUGCCCGGGCCGGAAUCUUUGCGAAAAAGGUGGUGCUGAUUGCCAUAGCUGAGAAGCCAUCACUGGAGGUUGAAGUAAGUGAAUCUGGCAUUUUGGACUUUGGAGACUUACCUGAAACCACCAUCAGGUCGCUUCCUCUCAGACUCCGGAACAGGACUCGUGCGACUGUCCCCAUUCGUCUGGUCAUCAGUGCUAAUGCCACAGCAUGGCCGUGCUUCUCCUUCUCCAAACAGUCCAUGAUCACUGCAUCAGACACAGCGCAGCAUGCUGGUCACAUGACCCAGGUGUCCUCUUCAUCGGUGAUGAAUCACGUGAUGCAUGCCAGCUGUGGAGAGACCCCACUGAGCUUUGCAGUGUGGGUUCAGUUCAAGGCCCCUCAGAAGUACGCAGCCUCUUCAGGUGAGCUCGGUCCAGCUGAUGAGUACAGUGCUCGGGUGGACAUCGAGUUGGACUGUCCCGGCCCGAGUCACGUGAUCAAGAGUAUUCCCCUCAGGGCCAGGUGUGGUACUGCACGAGUCCACGCUCCAAAAGACCUGCAGACGGUCUGCCUGUCUGCUGCGCUGGGUAAAUCGAGUCAACAGAUGCUGCCAUUAAAGAAUGCAGGAAACAUUGAUGUGCAGCUAAAACUCGAGAGCAGUGACACUGAAGACUGUUUCUCAGUGAUGCCUAAUGAACUUUCCCUCAGUGUGGGAGAGGAGCAAGGAAUUGUGAUCACUUUCAAAGCACACGGCAGCAGAAAGUACAGAGAAAGUCUUCUCACCAUCUUGGUGCUGCCUUCAGGGCCUCAGUAUGAAGUCAUUCUGAAAGGAGAAGUUUCUCUGGAGGGUUCUGGGAGACCCGCUGCAGUCUUGGGCGCCGGUGUGGUCGGCGACAUUCCACCGAUACUCUCAAAUAAACAAUUUGUAGCCUGGGGAGGGGUCGCUCUGGGCAGAGCUGUUCAACAGAAGUUGGUUCUGAGAAACAACUCGCCCAAAGACACACAGCAGCUACGCCUCAUCAUUCGUGGACAAGACCAGGACUGCUUUCAGCUCCAGAGUUUGUUCAGUCCUGAGGAGCGUUUGACCCGACACGGGGAGCUCUCCAUUCGUCCAAAGGAAGAUGUGACCAUCCACUUGCUUUUUGCUCCCACCAGAGUGGCCUCCAUUUUGGCCAAGUUGGAGAUCAAACAGUCUGGAGUCCGGCCUUCACAACCUGGGGUCAAAUUCACUAUACCCCUGUCAGGACACGGUGGGACCAGCAACAUCAUCUUGGAGGACCAGAGGAAACGGGCAGAUGGCUAUGUGGCGACUCUGAGGGAUGUCGCAGUUGGUCGUGUCAGUAAAGUGUGUCUGUGUGUGAGGAACACUGGCUCCAGAGCAGCGUUCAUCAAAACCGUGGUCUUCACCGAUGUGCAAACCCGAUCCGUUAUGGAGCCGUCUGUCACCUGCGUCGACCCAUCACAGUUCAUACUGAAGGAGAGGACGCAAGAGGUGAUCACAGUGCUGGUGAAAUCCACUCAGAGGGAGGAGAAUCUGUCUCAGAUGUCCAGCGGCCUGCUGGCCACCCUCUGUCUGUUCUGUGGAGACGAAGUCUCCAGGCAGCAGUACAGGAGGUUGCUUCAGAGCAAACCAGACGCUGGGCGGAAAGCUCUGUCUGAGAACAGCCUACUGAAAAACAUCGACUUCAGCGAGAAGUUUCUGGGAGAAGAAACCGUUACAGAAGCCUUUGAUCUGCCUCAGCGACCCAACGAGGCUCAUAUCUUCUAUGGAAACAUGAGUAAGGUGGCCGUGUCUUUGCUGGGCAGCACACGGUGUGAUGACUGUGAUCAGGCUGAGCUGCCUUUGCCUUUGGUGAUGGUCGCUUCAGACCCAGAUGGUGAUUUGGUUAACGGAAAUGUGUCCUUGGAUGUACUGCCAGUGAAAGGUCCCCAGGGUCCAGUGCUGAGGGUGGUGGAGCCGUCCUUAAAGGCUUCAGAGCCUUUAGACAGGCAGGCAGAAUCCUGGACCGUCCAUCCAGAGCUUCUUGUCCUCGCAGCUCCCGUGAUCAAUUGUGCAGUGACCACGAGCCAGGUGCGCAUCCAAAACAACACGUCCAGAGAGCUGAGCUUUGAUUUGUCUUGGCCUGCUCACUGCCUCACUGUUACACCUCAGCAUGGACUCAUUGAACCUCAGUGCCACCUGCAGAUUUUAAUCAGUCCUAAUCCUUCACUCGCAACCAAAUCAGCCCUGCUGCCAUGGAGCGGACAGAUUUACGUCCAGUGUGACAGUCAGCAGAAGUUUAUCAAGGUCCAGGUUCGACGGGACCUGGCUCUGGAUGUGUCUGCGGCCCCAGCAGAGACGAGUCUCUCAGCUCUGGCUCCUCAGGUUGCCACACCUGUGCUGCCUGUAGCUGCCAGGUUCACUACCACCACCACACCCUCGCUGUCCCCUCAGACCCCUCAGUCCUUGGUAGAAGUCAGCAGCAAGACCAUUCUCUUCCCCGCGACUCCGUCGGGAGAAACCUCAGAGGCCCAUCUGGAGGUGGAGAACAGACAGGUGGAAGUGAGGUGGUACCUGUCGUCUUUUGCGCCUUCAUACGUCAAGGGGGUUGACAACACAGGAGACGUAUAUCGGGCCACCUACACUGCUUUCAGAUGUUCCAAGGUCUCUGGCACACUGGGAACCCAUCAGAAGAUGCAGGUGCCUUUCACCUUCUUGCCGAGGGAACGAGGGGACUAUGCCCAGUUCUGGGACUUGGAGUGCCACCCUGUGUCUGAGCCCCAGCAGAAAACCAGUAUUCGCAUCAAGCUCUGUGGCUCUGGCAUUGCAUUGGAGCCAGUCGAAGGAACGCAGGAUGGAAACUGUUCUCUGGUGAAGACUGAAGCCACAGUGAAGUCCAGGAAGAGAACCGACGCCUCCACCCUGAAAACCAGCCAGGAGGAGUCUGUGCGACGGGGCGUCUAUUCUCCACAGGAUCUUUACACUUUUCCAGUCACGCGUGUGGGCGAGUGCAGCUCGCUGAAGGUCACCAUCCGCAACAACUCCCCCGACACUUAUGAGCUGAAAUUUGUAAAGCCUACUGAGCCGUUCCACCUCAAGCAUUCCAAAUAUUCACUCAGACCUCAACACUACCUGAAGCUCCCCGUCCAGUUCAAGCCCACUUCUGCAGGCAGACACGCCGGCCUGCUGCUCAUCGAGUUCCACACAAAUGGAAGUGUGGUUAUCCAGCUAACAGGUGAGGCGUCGCUUUGAACUUAUCACCGCUGCUGCACCUCCACAGGGCAGCUGGAUUUGGGUCGACGCCGCCGUCUCUGCAGGGCCCACAGGAGAGGAGCAGUUAAAGCCUUCGAGACCACAUCCACCCCACCAUGAUCAGACUCUCAUGUGGGCAGCUAGACUCUGAGAAACAUUUGUGCUGGAGCUGAACGAUUCAGUUUCCAUCAGCUGAUCGUGGAUCGUGCCACGAGGCCACACUGCUGUGACCGAAACCUGGGUACUCAGUCACACGUGAACAUGUUGUUCUCUUCUGUGGUUCCUGAUACUUUAAGUCUCAUUACACUGGUGAAGUUCUGGAGCUACCUGGAGUAACGAUAAGUCAGUCAAACAGUAAGUCAAACAGUAAUUCCAGUGGCAG